CGAAGAAACGACCACGGAACAAACACGCCGCCAUGUCGACCAUCAUGAGGACGCUGCGCAAUCUGCGCAGGGUCGGCUUAAAGGACUUUGGCCACCAGAUGCAGAAUAUCGGUGAUACCAAAGCUGGAACCUUCAUUGCCAUGGACAAGUACGGCAACAAGUACUUUGAGAACUUGGCGGAAGAGCUUCCUUUGAGAACGCGCUGGGUAGACUACAAGGACCAUGAAUUUGACCCCUCCCAGAUUGAGCCCGGAUGGCACGCCUGGAUGUCGUAUAUGGUCGACAAGCCUCCGUCGGAAGACAAGCUCUUGCAGCGACAGAUUCGUGUCUGGGAGCCGAAGGAGCACAGGCCGACGCUCACAUGGAGCCGAUCCGGCUAUAAGCCUUAUAGCACAGUGAAGAGCAAGUACGCGGCAUGGACGCCUGUGGUGAAGGCACGACAGUAAACAGCAGAUUGUUCUCUUUGUCAAGCAUUGUAUAUAUCGAGAAUCAAACCAGUAUCCAAUUGACCC